AUGGGUAAAACUGAAGUCAUACCUUUGACUUGUCGUCUCAACUUGUUGACCAUAUCAAACAUCACUGCUGGCAACAAGGAGCAGAUUCAGACAUUCAAUGAAGCAAAUAUCAUUGGUCCUCUUAUUCAUCUGCUUCAAAAUGAAGAAUUUGACAUCAAAAAGGAGGUUGCAUCAGCUAUCUCAAAUGCUACUUCUGGUGGAAGCCAUGACCAAAUCAAAUAUUUGGUAAGUGAGGGAUGUAUUAAGCCUUUGUGUGAUUUACUGAUAUGUCCAGACCCAAGAAUAUUGACAGUUUGUUUAGUGGGGCUCGAGAAUAUAUUAAAAGUUAGUGAAGCAGAAAAGAAUUUGGGAAGAUCAGGGGAUGUGAAUCUUUAUGCACAGAUGAUUGAUGAUGGAGAAGGGUUGGAGAAGAUUGAGAAUUUACAGAGUCAUGAUAACAGUGAGAUUUAUGAGAAAGCAGUGAAGCUUCUUGAGACUUACUGGUUGGAGGAAGUGGAUGAUGCCAUUCCACUUGGCGAUGCAGCCGCAACUCAGCCUCCUGCUGGUUUCCAUUUUGGAGGUGGUGAUGUUUCCGUUCCUUCUGGUGGAUUCAACUUUAACUAA